AUGGCCGAGAACAGCAUUCCCAAGACGCAGACAGCAGCAAUAGUCCGGAAGCAAGGUGGGCCGGUCGAAUUCGAUGACAGUUAUCCAGUCACUUUACCCGGGAAAGACGAGAUCCUAGUCAAGGUCUUGUAUACUGGUGUCUGCCAGAGUGAUCUCCAUACCAAAGCUGGAACUGCUACUGGGGCCGACGGUGUCCCUAUCACGAACAUAAAACUGCCUCACGUGGGCGGACAUGAAGGAGUCGGGCGCGUUGUCGCAUUUGGUCCCAACCUAUCUCCAAAUGAUAGACUUCAGUUAGGAACAUUAGUGGGCAUCCGCUUUGCGUCUCGAGUAUGUCACGAGUGCGAGUACUGCACCUCUGGCCGAGAGCAGCAUUGCACCAACGCAACGAACCAUCUGCACCAUGAAGACGGCAGUUUCCAGCAAUAUUGUGUGCUUGACACAAAGUAUUUGACUGAGUUGCCCCAGGACAUUGAUCCGAAGGUGGUUGGGCCUGCUCUUUGUGCCGGGGUUACUGCAUACAAGGCCAUCAAAAAUGCAAAUCUGAAACAGGGGGAAUGGCUUACUGUCAUCGGAGCAGGUGGCGGGUUAGGCCACUUCGCAGUGCAAUACGGCCUCGCCCUGGGCGCAAAAGUACUGGGAGUCGAUGCAGGGACCGAGAAGCAGCAAUUUGUGGAGUCGCUCGGGGCACAGUAUGUCGACUUCUCGAGGUGCAAGGACCUCGCAAAAGAGAUCGCGAACACUACUGGAGGGGGUUCACAUGCGGUUGUCGUCACAAGUGGCCACCCUCUGGCCUUCAGAGGGCUGGCUGAUAUGAUUAGGAUUGGUGGAUCCUUAUGCAUGGUGGGCAUUCCUCCGGGGGACGUGCGUCUGGACACGCCGGUGGCUACCAUCGUCAUCCGAGGACUCAAAAUCCAGGGCAAUCUGGUAGGGUCGUUGAAAGAAACACUCGAGGCCGUGGAAUUCGUUCGAAAUGGAAAAGUUAAGCCGCAUGUCAAAGUGCGACCUUUUCGGGACCUGCCAGACGUGUAUCAGCUAUUGGAAAAGGGAGAUGUUCCUGGCCGAAUCGUGCUGGAGCUGUAG